GGCGGCCAUUUAUAGGCGCGGAACGGGCGCUGCGCAGACGGAGUGAGCGGGCGGUACCGGGAGUACCGGCGGCUGUAUCGCGGCCCAUCCCCGCGGGAGUGCUGCGAAACCCCCCGCAGAACCUCGAUCCACCUUUUCCGAGCGCCCCUUCGGCCGGCGCUGAGCUUUUGUUUCUGUUCGCGCAGCGCCUGAGCGCCCCCGCCCAGCUUUGUUCUUCUUGAGGCCCCUGCGGGGAAGGCGCGGCCAAGAUGGACCCUUGUCACACCGAGGAGACCGAGGGCGAGAUCCCCGGCUUGGGCUUCAGUGACCGAAGCGAGCAGAUUGUUUCACGUGGGGUAGCGUCAGCCUUUGAAACUGCAACCACAGAAGCAGAGACAGAGCAGAGCCUCACCCCCAAUGUGAUGCUUAACACAGAGAGCAGCGAGGGAUAUGUGGUGAAAGUUCGGGGGCUGCCUUGGUCUUGCUCCACCGAAGAGGUUCAGAGGUUCUUCUCCGAUUGCAAAAUUCUGAAUGGGGCUUUGGGUAUCCGUUUCAUCUACACCAGGGAGGGCAGACCAAGUGGAGAAGCAUUUGCUGAACUUGAGUCAGAGGAGGAUGUGAAAUUGGCCCUGAAAAAAGACAGAGAAACAAUGGGACACAGAUACGUUGAAGUUUUCAAGUCAAACAACGUUGAAAUGGAUUGGGUUCUGAAGCAUACUGGUCCCAACAGCCCUGAUACAGCUAAUGAUGGUUUUGUACGUCUUAGAGGACUCCCAUUUGGCUGUAGUAAAGAAGAAAUUGUACAGUUUUUUUCAGGGUUGGAAAUCGUGCCAAAUGGGAUAACAUUGCCGGUGGACUUCCAGGGGAGGAGUACGGGGGAGGCCUUCGUGCAGUUUGCUUCACAGGAAAUAGCUGAAAAGGCUCUAAAGAAACACAAGGAAAGAAUAGGGCACAGGUACAUUGAGAUCUUCAAGAGUAGCCGAGCAGAGGUGCGCACUCACUACGACCCUCCCCGCAAGCUGUUGGCCAUGCAGAGACCUGGUCCGUACGACAGGCCCGGCCUGACGCGCGGAUACAACAGUCUGGGUAGAGGAAGUAGCUUGGAGAGAAUGAGGCGCGGAGCCUACGGAGGAGGUUAUGGAGGUUAUGAUGACUACAAUGGGUAUAAUGAUGGCUAUGGGUUUGGUUCUGAUAGAUUUGGAAGAGAAUGGACUCUUUUCUCCGCAGGGAUGUCGGACCACAGGUACGGCGACGGAUCGUCCACCUUCCAGAGCACGACCGGCCACUGCGUCCACAUGCGAGGUCUGCCCUACAGAGCCACGGAGAACGACAUCUACAACUUCUUCUCACCUCUGAACCCUGUAAGAGUACACAUUGAAAUCGGACCAGAUGGCAGAGUAACCGGAGAGGCAGACGUUGAAUUUGCUACUCAUGAGGACGCAGUGGCUGCUAUGUCCAAAGACAAAGCAAAUAUGCAACACAGAUAUGUAGAACUCUUCCUGAAUUCUACAGCAGGAGGAACUGGUGGUGCCUAUGGCAGUCAGAUGAUGGGAGCAAUGGUCAAGGAGUCGGAAGGGGUAGUCCAAGAUUGGAACACUAGCACAUUGCCAGCACAAGUCUUAAAUGCCUGUUGCAGUUAUGCCUCUAAGACAGAUACCCUCCUGACACCCAGCUGGGCUGGUUUCGGAGAUGAAGGGAUGUCUUUAGAAACCCCAUCACUUUCCUUGAGCAUGUUAAACUUCCCUUGGUGUGAGCAAGGGAGCCAAUCCAGUUACGGAGCUCCAGGCAACCAGCAGCUGAGUGGAGGUUAUGGAGGAGGAUAUGGAGGUCAAAGCAGCAUGAGUGGCUAUGACCCCGGGAGCCAGGGCGCCAUGAACAGCAGCUACUACAGCAGUGGGAACCGCGCAUCCAUGGGAGUGAACGGCAUGGGCGGCAUGUCCAACAUGUCCAACAUGAGUGGUGGCUGGGGAAUGUAACCAAUCGCUGACUUUUGGUCACAUCUUUUUUAAAAAACAAAAAAACAAAAAACUAAGUUUAACAGUUUUGCAAUACAAGCUUGUGAUUUAUGCUUUACUGUAAGUGAAUUCAGGAUUGUUUUAAAACCUUUCAGGUUCAGUAUUUUUGAACAUACAGAAAUGAACAUUCAUCUAGGAUGUAAUAACCAAGUAAGGACUAUAACUGUUAAACAAUUUGGAGCGUUUCUCAAGUUAGUUUUGUUGUAGGAGUGUAUUUAAGCAGUAAGCGUAUUUAGGUUAAAGCUGUUUGAAUUAUGUUAAAUGUUGCUCUUAUACCAUAUUACAUCCAACACUGUUUUGAAUACAUGUUGAAAGAGACAUGCUUUUUUGUAAAGAUCCAAUAUAGGAGCUGUGUCUGAAAAUCAAAGUGAACAUUUGGCAUGUUAGUUCUAGUUUAUUUCUUUUAAUAUCCUGUAAGGCAUGUUAAAGCUUUUUUUUUUUUAAGUUAAUGGGGGAAACAUGUUGAGACGCAAUACGGCUACUUUAGGAUUUUGGUCUUGGUGUUCGUAUAAAAUUCUGAGGCCUUGAUUUAAUCUUUCAUUGUAUUGUGAUUUCCUUUUUAGGUGUAUUGCGCUAAGUGAAACUUGUUAAAUAAAUCUUCCUUUUAAAAACUGGAA